AUGCGGCGCGUGUGGUACCCAGCAGCUUUGGCAGGUUUGCUAGCUGUGUCACUUGUGUCUGCAGAAGCAGCCUAUACACCCAAACAUGAAGCCGGAAGGUGUGCGAUACGUGGGAAUUGUGGGAAACAGAGCUUCUUUGGCUCAGAGUUACCAUGUCCGGAUAACGAACUGGCGAAGGACCCAACGAAAGAAGUGCGGGACCAGCUUGUCGGAAUUUGUGGCGCGAAAUGGAAUACAGGCCCAGUUUGUUGUGAAGCAGAGCAGCUCACUGCUCUUUCGGACAACCUUAAGAAAGCGAACGCUUUCAUUUCCUCCUGCCCCGCAUGCAAAGAGAAUUUCUACAACCUAUUCUGCACGUUCACCUGUUCCCCGGAUCAAUCUUUGUUCAUAAAUGUCACUCGUACAGAACCAAAGAACGACAAAUUGAUGGUCACGGAAUUGGACCAGUUAAUCUCGGACGAAUAUGGAUCUGGCUUUUAUGACAGCUGCAAAGACGUGAAGUUCGGGGCGACAAAUGGCAAUGCUAUGUCAUUCAUCGGAGGCGGAGCAAAAACUUACCCAGAGUUUCUGAAGUUCUUGGGCGACAAAAAACCAUUUGGAUCACCGUUCCAGAUCAAUUUCCCAGAUCCGAAGGAAUAUACAGAACCCGACAUAGAUCCCCUGCCAAUGGCACCCAAGAAAUGUAACGAUGAAGACGAGAGUUUCAGAUGCGCAUGUCUGGAUUGUCCAGCUGUAUGUCCAACAUUACCAGCGGUUUCAGAAACAAGCUCGUGUCACGUUGGAGUACUACCAUGCCUCUCAUUUGGUGCUAUCCUGGUUUAUGGAAUCAUCUUGGGAUUGCUUGCUACCGCCAUAGUCGGCCAUAUUGCAGUUGCCAAGGUCAGAAAGGCAAAGAGCGAAAGGCUUCGACUUAUUCAGGAUACUACGAUGAGUGACGAUGAAGAUGAGGGAGAAAUGAUACACAACAAUGCGAUGUACGAUCGGCCACAGAAGAAUUACUGGAUCAACACUGUCUGUGAUAGCGCUUUUAGCCGCCUGGGUUUCACCGCAGCAAGAUUUCCAGGGAUAACUAUUGGCAUUUGCGUAGCUCUAGUCGGAAUUCUCAGUGUCGGUUGGGUCAGGUUUUCCAUCGAGACCAACCCUGCGCGAUUAUGGGUCAGUCCAACCUCAGCCGCAGCAAAGGAGAAGCUAUUCUUUGAUGAGAACUUUGGUCCGUUUUACAGAACCGAGCAGGUAUUUCUCGUCAAUGACACAGUCACCAAGGGUGGUAUAAGCCCUGUCAUGAGUUAUGAUACACUCAUUUGGUGGAAAGGUGUUGAGGAACGUGUUGCGGGCCUCAAAGGAAACAAGACUGGCACAAGCUUUGACGACGUCUGUCUCAAACCAAUAGGGGACGACUGUGUCGUCCAAUCUGUUACUGCUUAUUUUGAUAGCAGUCCAAAGGAUCUGUCGCCGUCGAGUUGGCAAAAACACAUUCGAGAAUGUGUAGAGACUAAUGUCAAUUGUCUGCCUAAGUUCGGACAACCAGUUGACCCGAAGCUGGUGAUUGGUGGCAAUGACAAUUCCACAGAUCCCACGCAUGCCUCUGCAAUUGUUACCACCUGGGUCGUUAACAACGGCGCGGAAGACUCGUCAUUUGUAAAGAAUGCCAGCGAUUGGGAACAGGCAUUAAAACUCACUCUUUUAGAAGUGCAGGCAGAAGCAAACUCUCGUGGCUUGAGACUGUCAUUCAACACUGAAAUCAGUUUGGAGGAAGAAUUAAAUAAAUCCACAAACACUGAUGCGAAGAUUGUGGUUAUCAGCUACAUCAUCAUGUUCUUUUACGCAUCGCUAGCCCUCGGCUCUACAACAUUAUCUCUUCGUUCAGUUCUACGAAACCCAGCAACAUUCCUUGUCGAAUCCAAGUUCUCUCUUGGUGUCGUGGGCAUCCUGAUUGUGUUGAUGUCUAUUUCAGCAUCUAUUGGUCUUUUCUCCUUUGCCGGCGUCAAAGUCACUUUGAUUAUUGCCGAAGUCAUUCCGUUUAUUGUUUUGGCUGUCGGUGUUGACAAUAUCUUCCUCAUCGUACAUGAAUUUGAGCGUGUCAACAUCAGCCACCCAGAUGAUGUUGUUGAACACCGAAUCGCGAAAGCUCUUGGACGAAUGGGACCAUCCAUUCUUCUGUCCGCUAUCACAGAAACCGUCGCAUUUGCACUGGGUGCCUUUGUUGGCAUGCCAGCUGUGAGGAAUUUUGCAAUCUAUGCGGCGGGAGCAGUAUUUAUUAACGCACUAUUGCAAGUCACCAUGUUCGUAUCUGUAUUGAGUCUCAACCAGCGUCGUGCCGAAGACCAAAGGGUUGAUUGCUUCCCCUGCAUUCAACUAAAGAGCGCCGGUAUUCAAUUGGGAGUCUCAAGUGGCAACGGUUAUAGCUCGCCAUACGAGGGCCAAGAAGAAGGCACUCUUCAGACCUUCAUUCGCAAGCAUUAUGCCCCUGCUCUCCUUGGGAGGCAAAUGAAGGUCGCUGUGGUCGUUGUCUUCCUGGGUAUCUUCACAGCCGCCGUGUCUCUCAUUCCUGAAGUUGCCUUGGGAUUAGACCAAAGAGUGGCGAUUCCAGAUGGAUCGUACCUGAUCCCGUAUUUUAACGAUUUGUACAAUUACUUUGAGUCUGGUCCUCCUGUAUAUUUUGUCACUCGAGAAGUCAACGCUACCCAACGAGUCCAUCAACAACAACUUUGCGCGCGGUUCACGACUUGCGAACAAGAAUCUCUUACAAACAUCUUAGAACAAGAACGCAAGCGUCCAGAUACGUCUUACAUUGCAUCGACUGCAGCCAGCUGGGUCGAUGACUAUUUGCGAUGGCUCGAUCCGGACUUGGAAGAAUGCUGUGUUGAAAAGGAGAAGAAUGAUAAAGGCCGUUUCGAGGAGCACACCUGUUUCGCAGAUAGGGUUCCCGCCUGGAACAUUACACUUUCAGGUAUGCCUGAAGGCGAAGAGUUCAUUUACUACCUGAAAAAAUGGGUAGAAGCACCCACCGGCGAAAGCUGUCCAUUGGGAGGGAAGGCCUCAUAUGGCAAUGCUCUAAUUAUUGACGAUAAGAAAAAUACAAUUCCCGCAAGCCACUUCCGCUCAAGUCAUACACCACUUCGCAGCCAAGAAGAUUUCAUCAAAGCUUACGCAUCGGCACGAAGAAUAUCGAGUGACCUUACGGAGAAAACUGGGAUCGAAGUAUUCCCAUAUUCUAUAUUCUACAUAUAUUUCGAUCAAUAUGCUGGUAUCGUAAAGUUGACUGCCACUCUUCUUGGAUCGGCGCUUGCUAUCAUAUUCGCCAUCUCCUCAAUCCUCUUAGGAUCUGUUUUCACUGGAGCUGUUGUUACUAUCACAGUCGUUAUGAUUGUCGUUGACAUCAUCGGCUUCAUGGCAGUCUUUGGCGUUUCACUCAAUGCAGUCUCACUCGUCAAUCUGAUCAUCUGUGUCGGUAUCGGAGUCGAGUUCUGCGCCCACAUCGCCCGCGCAUUCAUGUUCCCCUCACGAGCCGUGAUGGAGCGUGCAAAGAACAAGUUCCGCGGCCGCGAUGCGCGUGCCUGGACUGCUCUCGUCAACGUAGGCGGGUCAGUGUUCUCAGGUAUCACCAUCACCAAGUUACUUGGGGUCUUUGUAUUGGCAUUCACAAGAAGUAAGAUCUUUGAGAUCUACUACUUCAGGAUCUGGCUGGCGUUGGUCAUCUUUGCAGCUACCCACGCACUGAUCUUCCUGCCUGUGGCACUGAGUCUGGUUGGAGGCGAGGGUUAUGUUGACCCGGAAAGCGACGGCGGUCUCGAGGAGGACUUGGCAAGCAGACGUUACAGAGCGUUGUUACCUGAUGUUGAAGAUAGCGAUGAUGAGUAUUAG